AUGAACAUCAACGCGAACAGUGGCAUCCUGUUGUACGAGAAGAUGGAGGGGUACGCGCUGUGGGUGGCCACGGGCGUGGUGUCGGCCUUCUUUGCCUCCCUAGAGCGCUGCUCCUGCAUCCACCUCCACACCACCGAGGAGGAGGACAACGGCAACGACGAUGAGGACCCCGAGGAGACCAAGGACCGCCCGCUCAUGUGUCCCGCCUGA